AUGUAACAAUAGCAAUGAUUUUACACCUUUUUUAAUCAUCGUAUCACGAUGGGGAUGCUAGCAUCAUAUUGCGUUUUUGUCGUAUUUCUACUACAAUUUCAACUGCAAUAUGCUCAAAGAACCGUAUUUGAGAAGAAUAUACUGAAAAGGCACAAUGAACUUAGAAAUCUUCAUAUGAACACGCCUCCUAUGAGAUGGCAUAGAGGAUUGGCAAAACAGGCUCAGAAGUAUUGUGGAACACUUGAACGUAGGAACAUCUUUGUAUCGUCUCCGGUAUCAUCUCGCCAGAAUCCUCUUGCUGGCGAGAAUCUUUGGCGAUUUCGGUCGACCGUAUCGUUAGCAAAACAAGCUACGGACAAUAUGGCAUACACAGCAUCGCAAGCAUGGUAUGCUGGUAUCAAGAAUUAUGAUUUCGAUCAGCCUGGCUAUAAGAAAGACACUGGCCAGUUCACACAACUAGUUUGGGUUAACUCUGUACUUCUUGGAUGUGGCCUGGCUAAUGGAUUACACGGGAACUUCUACUCUUAUACAGUUUGUUGUCGAUACUCUCCACCUGGUAACUAUUUGCAGCAGUUCGAACAACACGUCCAUCGUCCGAAACAGACUGAAACUACGGCUAGAGAUGAAGGACCCACAUCCUCAUUACCAGAAAAAGGUGUCAACGAUCGUGCAACUGUACGAUGGGGGGACUGGGGAUACUGGAGUGGAUGUGACGAUAGUCGCUGCAACGUUGUACAUCGAGCGAGACUUUGCCUAGCGGACGUGGCAGGUAAAGGUACUAACGUGCUCGAUCCCUCACAUUGCGAAGAGUUAUGUGACAAGCAAAUCGAAACAAAACAGUGCUGUGAAGCACUCCAAAACAUAAGAAAAAGAGACGUAUAUGAUGACAUGUACAAUUUACGAAUCCAUAAUCAGAGGAAAUAUGUCAAGAGAAGUAGACAUACAUUCGAAGAUGCUAUCAUAAAAGCUGGUGGAUCUCGUUUCAAGGUCGACGAGAGAAAAAAGCUUUCGUGGGUUGUUUCGCUAAAGUUCAAGAAAACUGGAAGUUUCGAGCACAAAUGCGGCGGUGUGAUCCUGAGUAACAAGUUUGUUAUUACAGCAGCUCACUGUAUUACCGAUGAUAGCCUUGGUUGCUGGGAUAAAACUGAAAAGAAAGUAACAUGUGAUAUGACCAAUUGGAGGAUAACGGCAGGCGAAUGGAAUCUUGUAGCUACCAGUGUAACCGAACAAAACAAAGACGUGGAGCACAUUACUGUGCAUACGAACUACUCCGAGGGGAUCGGAGAGUUCAACAACGACAUCGCGCUUAUUAAACUAAAAACUAGCCUCGAGUUCAUGGACAACCCGUACAUACAACCCUGUCUAUUACCUGCGAGGGGUUGCAUUGAAGCAACUGAUGAGGGUGAAUGUACGGAGAAUUUUAAAGACUGGGCAUUGAUGGUUGGUUGCUUUACGACAGGAUGGGGAAUAGGAACAAAUGGUGAGAUCAAAAAGAAAGGUCACACUGUGGAGGUGUUCAUGACGAUAAAUACCGACGAUGCUGUAUUCGUAUCUAGGAGCAUACCAACGGAGAAACCAGUCUGUGAGGGGUACAGUGGGAGUCCAUUGAUGUGUUCAAUAGAUGCAUCGACGAUGUGUUUCAUCCCUCCACAAGAUAUGGUGGUACUUGGCCUAAAUAGCUUUGUGAAUCCAUCGGGAUGUGUUAAAGAAGCAAAGACGUAUACACAGACAUCUGUCACCUACUUUAUGGAGUGGAUUUCGAAUAGUGUUAUGGAAUGGGUUCACUGGGGCAAAUGGAGCAAAUGUAAACAUAAUGUGAUGUUUAGAUUGAGGUCUGGGUUUUUCCCAGAGUACGGUUAUAUACCAGGUGAUGGUCCACUUUACCAAAGCUAUGGAGGGGAUGUUAUUCAAAUGGAAACGAGGAGUUGUCAAUAACAUUUUUUGGAAGUUUUAGAUGUUCUGAAAAAUGUAUUUUGCCAAUACAGAAACAAAAGGAGGCCAUGUUGCACUAUCAUCGGCGAUAUAAUAGGAGAAAUAUAUAUUUAAUUGUUAAACGAUUUUAGAAUUAAACUGCAACUGUAACGAAC